CAAAAUCGAGGCCUGCUCUUUGUUCUUAAUUUCCUGCUUGCAGGUGAAAGAUCAGAUAUGGACACUUCAAUGCUGCUCCUCCUGUGUCUUCUUCUGACAGGUCUGCAGUGCCAGCAGCUCUCCGUCUUCCAGCCCAGCAGACUUGAGGUGGUCGAGGGUGCGACUGUCCACUUGCCCUGCGUGUUCAACACGACCCAAAGCAAGCAGCGCUAUGUGGGAACUCCCGUCUGGAAGAGGAGCUCGUCGGCGGCACCGAGCGUGUUCGAAGACAGGACGCUGAAGGCGCGACUCUCCAAAGCAGACGACGAGGACUUCGCAAGCAAAGGCGACGCCUCCUUGUACCUCAGCAACGUCAGGGAGACGGACUCGGACGUGUAUUACUGUGAGGUGGAGGUCGUAAGCGCCGGCAAAGCCAGUGGCAACGGCACGACCCUCCUGAUCAAAAGUAAGCACAGAAACCACCGAUCGCGCAUGAAACGCUCAGGUGUAAAAAUCCGCGCAGCGACCACCGACUAA